AUGAAAAACGGCAUAUUGCUUCAAAAUUAGUUAUCAUUAUCUAAAAUGAAAAAACUAUUGCUUCAAUUAGAUGAAUUGUAAGAAUAAUAUUUGGAUACAAUGGAAUAGACUUAAAUAUAACUAUCCAAUAUAAACAGUAAUUCAGAUUGUAAAAUAAAUAUCACUUAGAUUUACUCAUCCAAUAAGCCUUUUGAACUGUUAGAAACAUUACAAACCUAUUUAAUGGAUAUAAAAAAUGCAAAGAAUCCUAUAUACAUGAAAUUGAAUCAAAAAUUAAUGUAACUAAUUUUUAGCUUAAAUAAAGCAAAAUCUGUACAAUAACAAAUCAAAUAGUAGUUAGAAAUUCUAUCUGCUCUUAUGAAUAAGCUUAAGUAUAAAAAGGAAUGCUAGAUUUUAAUUACUACUUUUUCUUUGAUAUUAAAAAAACGAUAAAAAUUUCAACUUAAAUUAUUAUAAAAAAAUAAUCAACUCUCAGAUAACUUGAAUACUCUUUCUGAGCUUCUAAUAAAUUAAGAAACUAAUAAAGAUAAUCUAAAAUAAUAUUUUGAAAUAUAAACUUUAUAAGACAUUUUAGAUAAAAAAGUAGCACUCAACAGCCCUACAAAAACUUUAGAUAUAAAAUCAGAAUCUAAAACUAUCAAAAUUAAGGAGUAAGAUAAAAAUUUUGGAAUUAAUGAAGAUAAUCAAAAAAAUUUAUAAAUGUAUUACAAUUAACCAUAAUUGUAUUACAAUUAUUAUAACUAUUCAAUGUAUCAGCAAUAUUGUUACUUUAAUUAACUGAAAUAAGCUGAAUGUAAUAUCUUGACUUCCUAGUUACUCUACCAACAUUAGCCUUAUGUGUUUAAUUGUUUUCUUUAAAUGUAAUAAAAUCCUUAAUAAUAAACAUGA